CUAAAUUUCAAAGUGCAGUACUAGAGAAGAAAAUAUGAAGCAUUCUCAAUAAUCACAUUAAAUAUAACACCUUCUAAUUUAGUGAUUACAAAUGAUAAAUAUCUAUAGAUAUAUGCAAAUUUUGUGAAAUUUAUCUGAGAACAAUGUUGGUAAUUGGAAUGAUUACAAAUUGAUAGGACUGUAAAGUAUGUGGCAAAAUGAAAAUUAUUUUUUAAUAAGUGAAUUUGUAAAUGUGUAAUUUCCAUUGGUCAACUCCGUUUAUCACAAACCGACAAAUUUAGAUAAACAUUUAACAAGAAAAAAAUGGGUAUCAACGUGUUACGUGUAUGUUUUUUAUCGUCGUCAGCUGAUAGUUCAACUUUUCGGACCGGACUAAUCGCCAGAUAACCGCUAUAAACUACAAAAAGCUAUUAUACAUAUUUACAAGGAUAAAUGGAACGUUACAAAUGCAAAAGUGAUUUGUUGAAAACCACGUAGAAGACAAAGUUAAUGUGUCAGUGAAAAUUCAAGUUAGAUUCAUUAUGAUUGUAGACUACAAGAGUAAUAAAAAUAAGUAUAUGUUUGGAAUUAUUUACACAUUUUUGUAUGUGGCUGUAUUUAUUUAUGAUGUGUUCACUUUCCCAUUAUAUUUUUUAUUACAAAACCCUAUCAAAAGAUUUUAUCUUUCCACUAUAGAAAGGGCAAAAAUUAUAGAUAAGGGAGAUAAAUAUCUUACUUAUAAAACAACAAAAAAGCCUUAUCCAACUCAUUAUGAGCUUGAUAGGGAGAAUAUCGAUACAAUGGCAAAAUUACUCGAAUAUGCCAGUAAGAAACAUAAUAAUAAACCCUGUUUGGGAACAAGAGUGACAUUAAGAGAAGAAGAUGAAAAACAACUCGAUGGUAGGGUUUUCAAAAAGUAUGAUUUAGGCAACUACAAAUGGUUAUCUUUCACAGAAGUCGAUUCCUUAGCAUCGCUUUUCGGAAAAGGUUUGAGAGAAUUGGGAGUAAAAUCUACAAAGAACGUCGCGAUCUUGGCCGAAACUCAAGCGAAAUGGAUGAUAGCCGUACACGGUGCAUUUAAACAAAACAUUCCUCUUGUAACAAUUUACGCUACAUUAGGAAUCGAUGGUAUUGCUCAUGCUAUUAACGAAACUGAAGUUCAAGUCGUAAUUACAAGUUUUGAUUUGAUGGCUAAAUUUAAGAAUAUCCUACCACUAACUCCAAAAGUGAAGACGAUUGUUUAUAUGGAGGAUCAGUUGAGGAAUUUGAAUAAAGAAGAUUGGACUGAGUAUUUGGCAAUUGGUUUGCAGAUUAUAUCUUUUAACUCAGUAACGGAGUUAGGAACUGCCAGUGAUGUUGAGACAAUUCAAGCUACACCUGAUGACAUAGCCAUAAUAAUGUACACAAGUGGUUCAACGGGAGUUCCUAAAGGCGUUCAGCUCACCCACAGAAACAUGAUUGCAUCUGUUAAAGCCUUCACCGACUCUACCAAAAUGUAUCCGAAUGAAGUGAUAAUGGGUUAUUUGCCACUUGCCCAUGUGUUUGAACUUUUAGUGGAGAGUGGUUGUAUUUUUAUGGGUUUAAAAAUUGGUUAUUCGAGUGCUCUUACUAUGAUAGAUGGUUCAAGUAAAAUUAAAAGAGGAAGUAAAGGAGAUGCAUCAAUUUUGCAACCAACAUUUAUGACCAGUGUACCAUUAAUAUUAGAUCGGAUAGCUAAAGCAAUUCGAGAAAAAGUCCGCCAGGGUAGUAUGGUACAAAAAGUAUUUUUUAAUUUUGGAUAUAACUAUAAGAUCAAAUGGACAAAACGAGGUUUUUCAACGCCUAUAACAGACAGAAUAAUUUUUAAGGCUACGAGAAACAUAAUUGGAGGUAAAUUGAGGUUAAUAGCUGCAGGAGGAGCUCCUUUAACACCAGAAACUCACGAAUUAAUAAAAACUUGUUUAUGUGUAGAUUUGAUCCAAGGAUAUGGAUUGACCGAAACCACAGCUUGUGGAACCAACCAAGAUAAUUAUGAUAUAAGAUAUGGUCGUGUGGGUCCUCCCAUGACAACAGCUCUUGUACGGUUAACUAAUUGGGAUGAAGGUGGUUAUUACGUAACCGAUAAACCAAAUCCGAGAGGAGAGAUUUUAUUAGGUGGAGAUAUUGUGAGUAAGGGUUACUACAAAAAUUUUGAAAAAACCAAUGAAGAUUUCUUUGAAGAAAAUGGUGUUAGAUGGUUUAGAACUGGAGAUAUUGGGGAAUUCGAUUCAGACGGAUCUUUAAGAAUUAUAGAUCGGAAUAAAGACUUAGUCAAAUUACAAUCUGGAGAGUAUUUAUCAUUAGGAAAAAUCGAAUCGCAAUUAACAACUUGUUCUAUUAUCGAUUGUGUUUGCAUUAUUGCAGAACCAACAAAAUCAUUUUGCGUAGCUUUAGUAGUAGCUAAUCAAGAAAGAUUAUUAAAUUUAGCUGCCAGCAAAUUUAAUUUAAAUAAGACGUUCGAGGAACUUUGCGACGAUCAGAAUAUAACUAAAGAUAUUUUAGUCCAAAUUAAAAAACAUGCUAAACAUGUGAUGCUAGAAAAAUUCGAAAUACCAGAAAGGAUCACAUUAGUAAAAGAAGUUUGGACACCAGAUAGUGGAUUAGUGACAGCCACUUUGAAAUUAAAGAGAAAAGCCAUUGAACAAUAUUACAGUGAGGCAAUCAAAAAAAUGUAUGCUUAGAGUGAAUUUAUAUAUUUUUUCAAAUUAAAAUAAAAAGAUGUAGAAACUA